CGCUGCAGAGCUGCACUCUGAUUCAUUUGUUUCAGACCAGCAGAAGAGAAGAAGCAGCAGAAGGACAAACUAGUAUAAUAACAGAGGAAAAAACAUCUCCUGAAUGGCACCGGGGACCUGCAGCAGAAACAUGGAGCGGUCAGACCUGAAAGGAAAGUCUAAGAGGAAGAGGAGGAGGAGGUGCAAAGGCAAAGGAUGCAGCAGCACGCCGUCAACCUUCAUAAGCCCCAUAAAACACUGGGAUACUGAAGCAUCAUCAGCUAAGGAUGCAGACAGUUCAAGUACCAGCAGUUUGGAGGUGAAGGAGAAUCAGGAUGACAAAUGCCAGGUGGAGCGUGUCCUCCUUAGAAAGUAUCACCCAUCAACUUUUUGCACAACUUUCCCCAAAAAUGGACAAAGAGCUUUGAAGAGGAAGCAGCCGCUGGUGGACGGAAAAGACCAGCUGCUCUACCAAAGCCACUCGACCUGUAAAAGAGCAGCUUGGGGUGUGACUCAGAAGAACGCACUGGUGCACCUAAAUGAGCUACGACCAGGCCUGCAGUAUGAUAUCACAUCAAAGACUGGCCCGCUGCACGCACCGGUGUUUUCUGUAGCCGUGGAGGUAAACGGCUUCCACUUCGAGGGCCGAGGACCAACUAAAAAACAGGCCAAGAUGAGGGCUGCAGAGCAGGCUCUCCAGUCAUUCAUUCAGUUCCCAAACGCCUCCCAGGCUCAUGCCACCAUGGGGAACUUCACCAGCACACCUGUGGACUUCACAGCAGAUAAAGUGGAUAUUCCCAACGGAUUUUUCAAAGAGUUUGAGCCGUCGGUGCUUCGGAACUGUGAUCUACUCCACUGCAACGCAGCAAAAAAGGAGGUCUUCUCCAGCAUUUACAACCACAGAAGACUUGUUCGUCUAACACUGGACUUGGUGUCCUCUACAAAUCCAAAAAGACGAGCAGUCACCACCUCACUGUUAGAGGACCUCAGUCCAGUAGCACUGCUCAGUGAGCUGCGACCGGGGCUCAGGUACAUGUGCCUGACUGAGAGAGUUCCUGGCAGGCCGAUGAAGACUUUUGUUAUGGUGGUCAGGUUGGAGGGGCGGGUGUUUGAAGGGUGUGCCCCCAGUAAAAGACUGGCCAAGGCCAAAGCAGCAGCAACUGCCCUACAGUCUCUUUACAACAUAAGUCUGGGACCAGAGAGGACCUUCAUGGGCCUGCAGGACAGCAGGGCCAAAAAUCAGCUACCUCAGUUCUUUGCAGAGUCAAUCUUCCACUUGGUGAGAGAGAAAUACACAGCGCUCGCAGACAGCUGUUCCUCUACCUCGCACGCCCGACACAAGGUGCUGGCAGGGAUCGUGAUGACCAGAGGACUCGAUCUUCGAUCAGCACAGGUUGUGUCUCUGGCCACAGGGACGAAGUGCUUGGACUUGGGUGGUGUGAGCGACUGUGGCUGUACGCUCACCGACUGCCACGCUGAAGUCGUGAGUCGACGGGCGCUGGUUCGAUUCCUGUACAGUCAGCUGGAGCUGCUCCUCUGCAAGCCAGUGGACAGCGAGGAUCAGUCGAUCUUUACACCAAAUAAAAGCUGCGGUGAUGGCUUCCGGCUGCGGGAGGGCGUCCACUUCCACAUGUACGUCAGCUCGUCGCCGUGUGGAGACGCUCGACUCAACUGCCCCUACGAGACCACAGCUGCAUAUCCCAGCAGGAGAUUUCGCUGCCACCUCAGGGUGAAGGUAAAGGGAGGUGAGGGGACGCUGCCCAUCACGGCACGGAGAGCCAAUCAGAAAUGGGAUGGCUUAUCGCCGAGUAAACCUCUCGUUACCAUGUCAUGUACAGACAAACUGGCAAAGUGGAGCGUCGUGGGCCUCCAAGGGGCUCUCCUGUCUCACCUGGUGGAGCCGGUUUACCUCCAGAGCCUAACAGUGGGCACGCUCAGCCACACGGGUCACCUGGGUAGAGCUAUGGCACGCCGCCUCGCGCCCAUCAAACACCUCCCCUUCCCCUACAGACGACAGCAGCUGCUGCUCGGCUGUUUGAGCAGCAGGGACGCCCGGCCAGCAGGGAAGCCUCCCAACGUCAGCGUGAACUGGAGCUGCGGUGAUGGAGGCUGGGAGGAAAUCAGCACCUCCACAGGGAGGAGGAAGGACUCAGGGACGCCAUCGCGGCUCUGCAGGCUACUUGGGAUCAAGCAUUUACCCCUGGCACUAAGGGGUGGAGUGUCAGGGGUGAUUUGUGACAGAAAGAUAGCAGGAGGAGUGGAAGGGAAGGUUUACAACGUGGAGAUGGUGGCGCUGACAAAAAGACAGGGGGCUGAGGUGGAGCUAAUCAACCCUGUAAUCGGGGCAGAAUCCACAACAGGGACGUAUUGUGCUUCCAAGAUGUCUGCUCAGUGCUACCAGAGGGCGGUGCAGCAGUUCAGCAGCGCUCUGCAGGGAGGUGGUCUGGGGACGUGGCUGAGGAAACCGCCAAAACUGGGUCACUUCACUGUCAGUGUGUCAAAAACUGAGCGUUAA